UUAGAAACAUGCGUUAUCAAAUUAAGAAAUUUUGUAUUCGAAAGAAAGUCGUCAUUUUAUAAAUACAUCACCACAAGCACAAUUAUGGAUUAUGGAUUUCCAUAGUGUGGAAAUAAACUAUCAAAUUGCUAAGUAGACUGAUGGUUAUCUUCUUGUCUGCUCACGUCGAGGGUUUCAAUUACCAGAACCUGACAUCAGCAAGUCAUGGGAUAUGCCAUAAGAAAUAGUAACCUUUUAAGUAUCACCAGGUCAUUUCAUUUCUAGCGUCGAAAUGAUCAUGACAGAAUUUCUCCCGUCGCUCAUAUCUUACCUUCGCCUCUGUAAACGUUUGAAAUGUACUCCGAUCGAGUACCACAAUAAAACCGGACGAUUCGUCAUAUGUCGAAACGUUCGACAACUCAACAUUUUCAAACUCCAAUGUGUCCUUUCACUCGUGUAUCUUGCAGGAAUGUUUUUCAAUCUCUGCUUCGGAUCGCACACGUUGCCGGCAAGGUUACAAGGGGUCAGCUUUUUUGUAAUAUACUUGACGACGUUCAUAAUUCGAUGGAACUACGACUUGGACAUUGAAGCCAUUCAAGUUAUCAACUCAUUCCUGGAUUUCGAACGGACAAUUAUUCAGAAUGAUAUCCGGCUACCUCUGUCGUCCCCUGAGACCAAGUCUAUGAAAAGCUUUAUUCGCAUUGCCCAGUCGUCUGUCUUAGUAUUUCCGAUGCUCCAACUUGUACUUUUGACCUACUCCCCAUGCACGCCACCAUUUCUGCUGUCCAUGGCCCCAACGUGUAAUGAAGCUUCAUCUGUUUUGCAAUACUUUCUACAAUUUGGAACAAAUAUUUUCGAAACUUGGAUGAGUUUUCAUAAUUUGUUCUCGUGCACGAUCAUCCUUUUCUACACGUUCUGCAUGGGAAUUGUUAGCAUCUUGAAUUACAUCAACGUACUCAAAAAGUAUGAACAAUUUUUAAAUCAUUGUGUUGCACAUGCUUGCAUGUAAGCACACACAAAUGACACCUUGUUUGAUGGUUUGCUGUCUUUCAAAAAGUUGUGAAAAUCUUGGUUAUCAUAAUAACAUUAAUUAUUUAAUUCUUUCUGAUCAAUUCCAUUUUAGAGAAAUUUCAACGAUUGUUACUGAACAAGACACAGCGAAAUGCAUCAAGUUCUACCAUUCAAUUCAAGUGCUUGAGAAGUCGUUCAACUCUUACGUCAAAGACAAGAUCGCAUCGCCAUUAAUGAUUGCCGUACCUGCACUCGAAAUUUUGGGAAUGUACGUCUGGAUAAACUUGUACAAUGACAUCACUCUGCCGGGAUUCUUGGUAUUCCCAAUAAUGGGAAUUAAUUCCGCCAUUUGCAAUGUGCUCGUCUUCACAUUGGCGUCGCAUGUCAACAGCCUUUCUGAAAGGGUGUUGAUCUCUUUGGAAAAGAAGAUGGCUGAACUAACCUGGAAAAAGUUCGUUAAACGAGAAAUUAGUGCCUGGUCAACGAUGCAAAUUAGAUUUGGCUUGAGUUAUAUUGACCGUGGAACGCCUCUGUCAAUGCAAAACUUUUGCAUUAAUCAAACCCUGUCGCUCACGUUGGUCAAGUCUGGACAAGCCAUUGGUUAAGAUUAUAACGACAAGAUUAUGGCAAUCUUGCGUGGCUAUAUAUACUGUAAGAACUAAAGUAUAAUACAACAACUCUAACUGUAUGCUAGGCUUUACUUUGUACUAGGUCAAUAAUCUAGCAGAACUCUUUAUCUGGAGUUAUUAGAUUUAAUAAGUCGAGUCUCAUUGCAUAUGUAUCUGUAUUAAUGGUACUGGAUAAGCUUAUGUACGUAUACUCCACUAGGUGAAAAGUUGACAGAAUGGGUUCAAUUGUUUAUUCACAUAUUUCAUAUUAAUUACUUUCUUAAUAAAAUUGCUCUCAAUAUACUUACGAACAUGAGCUCAUGUUUAGAACACGUAUUUGUAUUUUGAAUUGGUACUUUGUGUGUGUGAAUAUAGAAAGUU